AUGUCUAUUCAGCGGAUUCUCCGUCUUACUGGGGAUUCUCUAAUCGCUCCCCUUCCGCGAUCGCGAAGCAGCAGCUAUGGGGUGAUUCCUAUACCCCCAGUGGCAAAGAAUUUCAGUCAUGUGUUGGAGACGCAUGGAGACAAGAGAGUGAACGAUUACUACUGGAUCCGCGAUGAUGAGAGGAAAAGUCCCGACGUGUUGGCACAUCUGGAGGAAGAAAAUGUUCACACGGAGGCGGUUAUGGCUGGUGAGAUUUGUGAAGAUCCGAUGCCUGGCCACCUGAACACAUCCAGUACAUGUCGUUUUGGGGUUCAUUGUUUGUUGAUUUUGCUGGUACACGCAGUCGGUUUAUCGACGCAAGCAUGUAAAUUCACAUGGGCUAUGGGGAAAGUAUCCUCCGAGAACCCAAUGUCCGCGGCCCAUUCUGAUAAAAUUGACUGGGCCGCGGACAGUGAGACAUUGUUCUACGUGACCCUAGAUGAAGUGCUCCGUCCUUACAAGGUUUGGCGACACAAAUUGAAUAACGAGCAAUCUGACGAUGAGUGCCUGUAUCAUGAACAAAAUGAGGAAUACUUUCUUGAUCUUGACAAGUCAGAGAGAACUUCAAGCCAUCACUAUUAUGCACUUUCUCCAGCUGGAAAGCCAGUAGAGUCGCUCUCUGAGGGACAGAGAAUCAAGGUUUUGGAGCCCACGUAUUCCUUACAGCGUGGAUCAUACCAAUUCAACUCCCACAUCUUUCCAUAUGGUUAUAGCUCCUUGCGAACUCCAUAUUCUAUUUAUGAUUAUGAUGUGAACACGGGCAAGGCCGUGUUGAAAAAGUCGACGCCGGUCUUGGGUGGCUUUGACACAAACCAGUAUUAAACCGUGAGGUCCUGGGCUACAGCCAGUGAUUGCACACGCAUUCCUAUAUCAAUCGUAUACAGGAAGGAUAUUGCUAAAUUGGAUGGCGCAGACCCAUUGUAUCUCUCUCGCUAUGGUUCCUACAGGAUUUCGUAUGACCCCGAGUUCUUCUUGGACACACUAUCUUUGUCAGAUCGAGGGGUUGUACUUGCUACUGCCCAUAUUCGAGGGGGAGGAGAGUUGGGGCGCAAGUGGUAUGAGAAUGGGAAAUUACUGAAUAAGAAAAACACCUUCACAGAUUUUAUAACUUGCGCAGAGUACUUAUUGGAGAAUACGUAUGGAUCUCGAUGUAAGCUUGCUAUUCAAGGACGGAGUGCAGGCGGCCUCCUGAUGGGUGCAGUUCUGACCAUGCGACCUGAUCUAUUCACUACCGUUAUCGCGGAAGUGGCGUUCGUAGAUGUUUUAACAACCAUGCUUGAUCCAUCCAUUCCUCUCACAACCCUAGAAUGGGAGAAAUGGGGUAAUCCUUUCAAAGAGGAGUAUUAUCACUACAUGAAGUCUUACUCGCCUCAGAAUAACAUUCAAGCCUGUAACCACCCAAAUGUGCUCGUCACAGGAAGUUUUCAUGGCUGGUGGAAGCUUUCAUUGUGGUGGCUUUCCCUUUACGAUGUUAGCUUCAUAUUUCUGAGCUGGCACAUUAGCAGAGAACAACUUAUAUGAUUUUAAAUAUGCCAUGACAUUCUACCAUAUUCUAAUACUCUACUUUUGAAUGCA